AUGGCUGACUCUGACCCUGGGGAAAGAAACUAUGACAACAUGCUGAAAAUGCUGUCAGACCUGAAUAAAGACUUGGAAAAGCUAUUGGAAGAGAUGGAGAAAAUCUCAGUGCAGGCCACGUGGAUGGCCUACGACAUGGUGGUGAUGCGCACCAACCCCACAUUGGCAGAGUCCAUGCGGCGGCUGGAGGAUGCCUUCCUCAACUGCAAGGAGGAGAUGGAGAAGAACUGGCAAGAGCUGCUCAGUGAGACCAAGCGCAAGCAGUAGGCCCCCUCCCCCCAUGGCCACCAUGCUGCUGUUUGCCUGUGCAGAGAAGCCACUGGGGGACAGAUCCUUCUCUACCUGGCAGAGUAACAGCAACCCAAAUAUAUAGCUGUUUGCACAGUGCUUGUUUCUCAAUAAAUUUAUUUUCA